AUGUCCCAUACACAACCCUCCCCCACCGCUGGGGUUGCCCAGCACCAUGCCCACCUUGCCGCCGCGCAGCAUGCCCAAGUCAACGGCCAUAUACCGACCAUUCCUGCACAAGGCCCGAAGGGAGUCUCCUUGUCCACUGCUCAAAAGAUCAGUGCCCUGAAUGAACAAGUAUGGCUGCAAAUUGGCAGUUUGACUGAGCUAAUGGGUGAUCUGGAUGGGGCAAUGAAUGCAUAUGAGCAAGCUCUGCGCCACAACCAGUGGUCAGUGCCAGCGAUGAAUGCGAUCUCUUGUAUCUUGCGCACAAAGGAGCAAUUCCCCAAGGCUAUUGAAUAUCUGCAAAACAUCCUCAAGCUUGAUCCAACCAGCGGAGAGACCUGGGGCAGCUUGGGCCAUUGUCAUUUGAUGAUGGACAACCUGCAAGAAGCCUACACUUCGUACCAGCAAGCUUUGUAUCAUCUUCGUGAUCCCAAGGAACCCAAGCUGUGGUACGGCAUUGGUAUCUUGUACGACCGAUACGGAUCGCUUGAUCAUGCCGAGGAGGCUUUCUCGCAGGUUAUGCGCAUGGCACCAGAGUUUGAAAAGGCAAACGAGAUUUAUUUCCGCCUGGGCAUAAUUUACAAACAGCAACAAAAAUUCAACCAGAGUCUCGAGUGCUUCAAAUACAUUGUGAACGACCCGCCGCGCCCAUUGACGGAGGAGGAUAUCUGGUUCCAGAUCGGUCACGUUCAUGAGCAGCAGAAAGAUUUCGACUCUGCCCAAUCUGCUUAUCGUCGGGUCCUUGAACGCGACCCCAACCACGCCAAGGUUCUCCAGCAGCUCGGCUGGCUAUACCAUCAGCAGAGCAACAGCUACGCCAGCCAGGACAAGGCUAUUGAGUACCUGGAGAAGUCUGUUGGUGCUGAUAACUCUGAUGCGCAAAGCUGGUAUCUGCUCGGUCGUUGUUACAUGUCGCAGGCCAAGUACCCGAAGGCGUAUGAGGCCUACCAGCAAGCUGUUUAUCGCGACGGCCGCAACCCGACCUUCUGGUGCUCGAUUGGUGUCCUCUACUACCAAAUCAACCAGUACCGUGAUGCUCUUGAUGCUUACUCUCGUGCCAUUCGCUUGAACCCGUACAUCUCCGAGGUCUGGUAUGACUUGGGCACAUUGUACGAGUCUUGCAACAACCAAAUCGCCGAUGCGCUGGACGCGUACAGUCGUGCAGCGGACCUUGAUCCGUCUAACGUACAUAUCAAGGCCCGUCUGCAGCUGCUCCAAAGCCAGAUGAAUGGCUCAGCGCAGCAAACCAACGCCCCCGCGCCCCAGCCGCAGGAUGUUCACCCUCAAGCAUACCAAGCGCCAGGAGUUGGCCAGCCCCCAGCACCUCAAUGGUCUGCUCCUCCUGCUCCAGUCGGUGGACCAGCUCCUCAGAAUCCAGCUCCUCCUAGGCAGAUUCCCGAAUGGAACCGAGGGAUCAAUGAUAUCCAGUCGCAGCCUCCGCCCGUAAACGGGGUGGAGCCUCGUGAUGCCAUCCGCAUCCCCGGCAUGGGUCCCCAAGCCAGUCCCCGCCAGGAGCCUGGUCAUGCUUUCCCCGAUCCUGCUCGUGGCAAUCCCCGUUCUCCUAAACUCGGGACUCCUGGUCAAUACCCUCCUCCUCACACUCUGCCUCAGCUUGGUAAUGCGCCUCCGGCCUCCGGCCAUGAGCGUGUCCCUAGCGGGGGGAAUGGCUUUGGAUCUGCUCCUCGAGGCCCUCUUUCACACGCACCCGGCGGCGCACCACCUCCCCUUAAUGGCGGUGCGCCUCCUAGCGGUGCUGCUGGUGCUUACCCCAAUCGCCCCUUCUCCCCUCCGACCGAGAUACGUCCUAUCAGGGAUGAACGUCCCUCCUCUCCCGGGUCCUCCUAUCCCCACAGGCAAUACCAUCAUGGUCCUACCGCUAGCGUUGCGCCGCCUCAGCCUCCUUCAGGACCUGGGAGCCAGGGCAUCGCUUCUGGGGCGCCUGCUCCUGCGGCUGCGGCUGCGGCUGCCGAAGCUGCUGCUCGUGAGCGCGAGGACCGCCCCACGUCUGCAAUGAAGCGCAGCCGUGAAUGGGAGAGCGAUGUCCCAGUGAAGAAGCUAGCGAACGAGGAGAGUCGAGCUCGUUUGGAUGACCAGACCAGUCGUCGUCCGAGCCCACCUGCUCACAUCCCAUCUCCUAGCGAGAUGCAGCGUCGCAGCUCUUCGGAGGCCCGUCGUGAGGAUGCUCGCCGUGCCAACGAGAACUACCAUCCCUCCGAAGCUGCUCACCACCCCCCUACUCUGCCUUCAAUCCAGAACAUGCCUCCCAGUACCCCCGGUGGAACUGGUUUGCCCCCCAUGGCCGAAGGCUCUGCUCCUCCCUCCAAUGCCCCUCCCUCGGGCCCUCCUUCGGCAAACACACCCGUUAAAGAAGAGCCUCCCCGCACCGAAGCUCCUUCCCAUGAGCCCCCUGCUCGCAAGAUGGACGUAGAUGAGGAUUAUGAUGACGAUGUGGACGAGGACAAGAAGGCUGGCACUGCAGGCAAAGGCAGCCCACAUGGCAGUGCCGCCGACCAUUUCAAACCUGAAAUCAUUCCCCCUCCUCCCUUCUCCCAACCUGUGCUGUCAAGACUCCCGCUUUCAGCACCUCUUGGCUUACUACUUUCCCUCUAUGUCCUUUCUACUCCCUACCACCUUUUCUACCGCGUGAUGUAUGACUUUGAUUGCUACUCCCACCACCGCCGACCAACUAACGACACCAGGGUCAAGAUGAGUCACCGCAAGUACGAAGCGCCUCGCCACGGUUCCCUGGCCUACCUGCCGCGCAAGCGUGCUGCCCGUCACCGCGGAAAGGUCAAGAGCUUCCCCAAGGAUGACCCCAAGAAGGCCCCUCACCUUACUGCCUUCAUGGGCUACAAGGCUGGUAUGAGCACUGUCGUCCGUGACCUUGACCGUCCCGGUGCCAAGAACCACAAAAAAGAGAUUGUCGAGGCUGCCACCGUUAUCGAGACUCCUCCUCUCGUUGCCGUCGGUGUUGUUGGUUACAUCGAGACUCCCCGUGGUCUCCGCUCGCUCACUACCGUCUGGGCUGAGCACCUGAGCGACGAAGUCAAGCGUCGCUUCUACAAGAACUGGUACAAGAGCAAGAAGAAGGCUUUCACCAAGUACGCCAAGCAGCACGCCGAGGGUGGUGCCGCUGUCACCCGUGAGCUUGAGCGUAUCAAGAAGUACUGCACCGUUGUCCGUAUCCUCGCCCACACCCAGAUCCGCAAGACCCCCAUCAAGCAGAAGAAGGCCCACCUUAUGGAGAUCCAGGUCAACGGUGGUGCUGUCGCCGACAAGGUCGACUUCGCCAAGAACCUCUUCGAGAAGACCAUCGAUGUUGACUCCAUCUUCGAGAAGGAUGAGAUGAUCGAUGUCAUCGCCGUCACCAAGGGUCACGGUUUCUCCGGUGUCACCAGCCGUUGGGGUACCACCAAGCUUCCCCGCAAGACUCACAAGGGUCUGCGUAAGGUCGCUUGUAUUGGUGCUUGGCACCCUAACCACGUCCAGUGGACCGUUGCUCGUGCCGGUCAGGACGGUUACCACCACCGUACCUCCUGCAACCACAAGGUCUUCCGCAUCGGUAAGGCCGACGAUGAGGGCUCCGCCUCCACCGAAUUCGACAUCUCCAAGAAGCGGAUCACCCCUCUGGGUGGCUUCGUCCACUACGGUGAGGUGAAGAACGACUGGGUUCUCCUCAAGGGUUCCGUUCCCGGUGUUAAGAAGCGUGUCUUGACCCUGCGCAAGACUCUCUACCCCCAGACCAGCCGUCGUGCUACCGAGAAGGUCGAGCUCAAGUGGAUCGACACUUCCUCCAAGUUCGGUCACGGUGCUUUCCAGACCGCCGAGGAGAAGAAGGCCUUCCUGGGUACGCUCAAGAAGGAUCUCGUCACCGAGGUUUGA